AUGGCACCAACAGGCGAAGCUGAUGGCGGCCCGGACCUGGAAGCCCGGGCCAUCCUGACCGAGGCGGAGAAGCUGCUGACGCUCGGGAAGCUCGAGGAGGCUUCCGAGCAGGCUCUCAUUGCUCGGGAGUACUUUUUGGAGACGGAGGAUCUCGCAUCUGAAGCAGAGGCCUUCCGGAUCGAGAUCCUGGCGAAGCAGGAUGAAGGGGAGUAUGGUGCAAAGACCGGCGAGGCAGUCCUGAAGGCCAGUGAGAUCGACCUCUUGUGCGAGAUCGAGCUCUCACGAGCAAAAGCUGCAGGAGACCUCAAGGCCAAGGCAAUUCUGCUCUACACUCUGGUGGAGGUGAACGUGACGCGCUCCACGCAUAAGAUGCGCACGGAUUCGAAGAAGUGGUGCGAGGAAUCCAUAAGGCUGUUUCAGCAGCUGGGGGAUACCUUUUGGCAAGGCCGCGCUGCUUUGAUGAUGGUGAAUGUGCAGCACAAGUUUCAGGAAGCGGAGAGCAUGCAUAAGUACGCCAAACAGGCAUACGAGCUAUUUGGUCAAGUCGGUGAUCGCAAGAGGCAAGGGAUGUCCUUGCACGCCACCAGCCUCGCGUAUUUGGGAGAGAAGAACGUCCCUGCUGCAAUUGACCACGGACUUCAAGCUUUGGCCAUUUACCGCGACAUUGGCGACCGGAGAUUGGAGAUUGCUGAGCUGAAGACGGUCGCUGUAUGGCGGAUGGGUCUGGAAGGAAAUCAAGGAAAGAUCGCUGCUCGGGAAGCUCUGGAGGCACUGGAUCUGUCGCGGAAGUACCCAGAGCCGAAUCAGGAGACGGUCACCUUGCACGUGGCUUUGCAGGCUUUGCUGCAAAUAGGUGAGCGCAAAGAGGCUCUUCGAGCCGCACAGGUUUCUCUGAAGCGAUUUCGAGAGGACCCACGCUUGAAGAUGGAGGUGGCUACCCUGCAGGUCUUGGUAGACGAGCUCCAGGGUAAGAAGACAGCGAACGAAAUGGAGUUGAUGCAAGGUAUCAAGUCUCGCAAGCAGAGGAUGCACAUCCUCAUCGAUCUUGCAAGGUCACACUGCAGCAGCGGUCAGAUGGAGGAGGCCGAGGCUGCUGUGACGGAGGGCUUGGAGCUGGCCCGGGAGUUUGGGAAAACGCUGCGCGAAGCGCAGGGCCUCAGGAUCCUGGCGCAGUUGCAAUUGGCCAAGGGGAACCACUACCAGGCAAUGUCUUCGGCAAAGAAGUCCAAGAAACUGUCUACCAAAGAUGAGGAUAAGGAGGGCGAAGCGAGUGCAUGGCUGCUCCUGGCUGAGUGUCACGCAGCAGCGCGGAGCUUCGACGAGGCCCAAGUGUGCUGCCGUGAAGCACAUGCCCUUUGUGAAGAGCAUGAUCUCUACAAAAAGGAGAUUGAUGUUUGGCACCAUGUGGUGGAGCUGCACAUGGCCACAAAUCAUCCCCAAGCAGCGCUGCAAGCUGCAGCCAAGAGAGUUGAAGUUGUGCAGCGCAGCCAGGGCAGUGUCAAGGACCAGGUCGAAGCAUUGGAUGUGCUUUGCAGCCUCUUCCUUCUUACGAAGGACAUCCCUGAGGCUGAGAAGGCGGCAACCGAGAUGAAUCGCCUGGCGAAGCUGAACGAGAGCCUAGUUGACUUGGAGCUGGCAGCACUCUGUCAGCUGGUGCAGGUAAACAUUGUCCGGCUCUCCGAGAACCCAGGGCAGGGCAGCCAUGCUGGCAAAGCCCUACAACAUGCCGAGCAGGCCUGGUCGCUGGCUUCGCGGGAUGCCGCAAGCAUGGAAUACAGGAGUGCUGUGAGAUACUGGCAUGCUGAAGCCCUCAUUUGCGUUGGUCGUCAACAACAAGCAUUGAUGGCGGCUUACGAAGCAGAAGGCCUCUUCAGGCAGAUCAGAAGACCUAAGGACAAUGGAGGCAUUUUGCGCUGCCUCCUCCUGCAAGGUCGCCUAGCCAAGGCGCUGGGUCGCUUCGAAGAAGCUCUCCAGAGCGUGGACCGAGCAAUACAAAAUGCUAUUGAAACUGGGAACACCGCUGGAGAAAAGAUGGCCCGAGAUGAGUUGCAGCGCAUUGGACAGGUAGACGAGGAGGACGACUACGGUCCAGAACCUGCAUACGAUAUGGGCGCUGUCAGGCCAGAAGCGACAUCUAAAGCAGCACGGUCGCAGGGUGUCGACCGUGAGUUGGUCCAAAGCAAGCUGAUGGCACAUGUGGCGAACGUUCUGACUGAAGAGCAGCACGUUGAUGCUGAAAGUCCUCUCAUGGACCUUGGGUUGGACAGCCUCUCAGCCAUCGAUCUUCAGAACCUGAUUGCUUCCACCUUCCCCUUCAUGACUGACACGGCAACAGUGCUGUUCGACUACCCCACUCUCCGCGAGCUCACGGAGCACAUUGUUGAGCAAAGCCAGCUUGCUGGAGUUUGA